AUGACGGAGUUUCGUCUCUCCCACAUCUUUGCUUUUCUCACACUCACACUGGUAGAAAGGGCGAACCAUGCUGCUUUACCGCCACCUCAACUUUACUUGUUGAACUCCUUCCUGCUAGACACAUCAAUCUCCAAAGCUCUCAGUGGUUAG